AUGGCUGACCUGUUCUCGGGCCAUGUGCUGGUCCGCAACAACAGCAGCCAGGACGAGCUGGACACGGAGGCCGAGCUGAGCCGCCGGCUGGACAACCGGCUGGUGCUGCUGUUCUUCGGUUCCGGUGCCUGCCCACGCUGCCAGGCCUUCGUGCCCAUGCUCAAGGACUUCUUCGUGCACCUCACCGAUGAGUUCUACGUGCUGCGAGCCGCCCAGCUGGCCCUGGUGUACGUGUCCCAGGACCCCACAGAGGAGCAGCAGGACCAGUUCCUCAGGGAUAUGCCUGAAAAAUGGCUCUUCCUGCCCUUUGGGGAUGAGCUGAGGAGGGAACUCCGGAGCCGCUUUCUGGUGGAGCAGCUCCCGGCCGUCGUAGUGCUGAAGCCCAGCGGGGACGUGCUCACACGCCACGGGGCCCAGGAGAUCGCCCACUGGGGCCCGGCUUGCUUCUCCAACUGGCAGGAGGCGGCGGAGCUGCUGGACCGCAACUUCCUGCUGGCCGAGGACCCAGACUGGCCCGCAAGUCGGAGCCUCAUGGAGCCCCUGCGCCGCCGCAAGUACCUGGGGCCACGCGCGGACCUGAGCACUCGUGGACAGGAGUGCAAAGAUGAUGCUGCGGAGGGAGCUGGCCAGGGGGACAAGCACGCGCUCUUCUGA